CAUCAUUAUCAUCAUUAUAAUAAACAGAUAAAAUUUUAUUGUUCAAAUCAAAAAAAUUAUUUAAAAGAACAAUUGGAACAAUUAAGAAAUAAUAAUAAUUUGAAUAAAGAUAACGAAGACGAGGAUCAAGAUCAAGAUAGUAAACAGACCAUUCUACAUCAUUCAUCAUCAACUGUUAAUAAUAAUAAUAAUAAUAAUAAUAACGAUAAUCUAAAUAAAAAAUUGAAAAAAAUGCCUUUACCAUCAAGAGCACGUGUUUAUGCUGAUGUUAAUCUACAUCGGCCACGUGAAUAUUGGGAUUAUGAAACACAUCAGGUUGAAUGGUCGGAACAAGAUGAUUAUCAAUUAGUUAGAAAAUUAGGCCGUGGAAAAUAUAGUGAAGUUUUUGAAGCAAUCAAUGUUGCAAAUAAUGGCCGUUGUGUUGUUAAAAUAUUAAAGCCGGUAAAAAAGAAGAAAAUUAAACGUGAGAUAAAAAUUUUGGAAAAUUUACGUGAUGGUCCAAAUAUUAUUACAUUAAAAGCUGUCGUUAAAGAUACAUUGUCUCGAACACCAUCAUUAAUAUUUGAAUAUGUUGACAAUACUGAUUUUAAACAAUUAUAUCAAACAUUGACGCCUUAUGAUAUUCGUUAUUAUUUGUAUGAAUUGUUGAAAGCACUUGAUUAUAGUCAUAGUAUGGGUAUAAUGCAUCGUGAUGUUAAGCCACAUAAUGUUAUGAUUGAUCAUUCAAGUCGAAAGCUUCGUCUUAUCGAUUGGGGUUUAGCCGAAUUUUAUCAUCCUGGUCAAGAAUAUAAUGUACGUGUUGCAUCACGUUAUUUUAAAGGACCAGAAUUAUUGGUCGAUUAUCAGAUGUAUGAUUAUUCAUUGGAUAUGUGGAGUUUAGGAUGUAUGCUUGCAUCGAUGAUAUUCCGAAAGGAACCAUUCUUUCAUGGUCAUGAUAAUUAUGAUCAAUUAGUUCGUAUAGCUAAAGUAUUGGGUACAGAAGAAUUAUAUGAAUAUUUAAAUAAAUAUCAAAUCGAAUUAGAUUCAAGAUUUGAUAAUAUACUUGGACGACAUUCGAGAAAAAGAUGGGAAAAAUUUAUAAAUAGAGAAAAUUCACAUCUUGUCGAAAGUGAUGCUAUCGAUUUUCUGGAUAAAUUAUUACGUUAUGAUCAUGCUGAACGUUUAACAGCUCGUGAAGCAAUGGAACAUCCAUAUUUUUAUCCGGUUUCCAAAGAGCAAGCACCUAAUAAUUAUCAUAUUGAUUUAAGAAUUUCAUCAUCGAAUGCAGCAUCAGCAGCUGCAUCAACAUCGAAUGCAUCGGUAUCCGGUGCUAUUAGUGGAGGCGGCAGUACUGGUGGUCCAUUACAAGUCACUAAUUCUGGUGAUAUUGCUCAACCAACUGUUACUUAAAUAAUAAUUCAAAUAAAAUGAAAAAACAGCAACAACAAACGAACGAACAUAAUCCAGACAAAUCUCACUCUCUCUCUUUUCUUUUUUUCAAAAUAUUUUUUUUCUUGUAUA